GAGGCUAGCACCUGAUUUGAUAAAUAACCGUCUCUAAAUAUAUGUAUCUAAAUAUGUGUUUAUGACAGUAGUUAAGACAAUGAAUUUUCAUAUCUCUAAGGGGAACAUUCAUAAAAUAUGUUAACUCAAAACUGGUGAUUUUUUACCCCUGCCACUACCAUCAUAACAUGCUACACCCCAUUUUUUACGUGUGGCGCAGGUUGACGUGUGGCACAACGGCCCGACCCAUCUACCCGCUCCGCGUUACGUAUUUUAUGAACAUUCCCGUCGAUACAUAUGUAUGCUUGCAUAUUUGAAAUCUUUUACACAGAUCAAAGUCAAAGCAGUCGAUCACGUAAUCAACUGAUUUUCGAAAUAAUCAUGCCUCAUGACUAUGCCUUUCAUCAAUUUGGAAUCUUCGGAUGGGGACAUGCUAAAGGUUGAUGUUGACGUGAUCACAUGCUCCCUAACGAUCAAGCAGCUCAUAGAUAACUUGGGGGUCGGAGAUGACAGCGAAGUCGUCCCCCUGAAAAAUAUUAGUACAGAAAUACUGCAAAAGGUCAUUACAUGGGCCGAACAUCACAAGGAUGAUCUCCCAUCCAUUGAGGAUGACGAGGAUCCACCCCGUGAGCGACGCACCGACGACAUUACCACGUGGGACGCCAAUUUCAUAAAGAUGGAACAAAUUGAGCUAUUUGACCUGAUUGUGGCUGCAAACUAUCUCGACAUUACUGGCUUGUUGGACCUCGGGUGCAAGAUCGUGGCGAACAUGAUCAAGGGCAAGACGGCAGAUGAUAUUCGCGCAAUGUUUAAUCUCGUGAAUGAUCUGACGCCCCAGGAGGAGGAACAAAUUCGUAAGGAGAACGAAUGGUGUGAGGAAAAGUAGACAGAUUUUUAAUUUGCAUGUUUGUUGAUAUAAGUUUGAUACGAGAAGAAAUUGUAUGUUUAUAUAUGUCGCAUGCAAAAAAAAAUUUGAGGUGUGUAAGAUAAUUCUUGCAAUUUCAUUCGUUAAUAAAUUUCAUGUGUGCAAUACA